AUGGCGCUACACAAUUCUUCGCGACCAAGAAAGAUCCUUCUGCUCACCAACGUUGAAAGGGGUGAAGCCAAUGUCUUCCUGGCAACGUCUCAUUCCCUCCUGCAACUCGAGCCCAAUGUCGAGCUCCAUUUUGCCAGUUUCACAGGUUUGGAAGACACCGUCAGUGCGGUCUCAGAAGAUGUGCGCCGCAGUGUGCCUGAGGCGAAACCAAUAAUUUUCCACAAGAUUGAGGGUUUGACAUUUAUGGAAGGCGUCCAAGAUCACCUCUCUAGAGAAGAAGGCCCAGCCCGGAAACAUUACAUACCCGAGUCCUUUCUUGUGCAACCGAGCUUCUCUAAUACGAAAUGGGCCAUCCGAGACACUAUACCAAUAUUUGUCCCUUAUGACGGACCGCAGCUAGUCCAGCUGGUCUCGUCAAUUAUCGAAAUCAUCAACAAGGUCGAUGCUGAUCUUGUGGUGGUGAAUAGUUUGAUGACUGCAGGACUGACAGCCUCCUAUCAUCUCGGAGUAAAAUUUGUGUGCCUUAGCCCAAACGCCCUCAGAGACUUUGCGGCAUCAACUCAGCCACGGGCAGCGGGUCUUUGGAAGUUUCCUGCGCUUUUUUCGGGAUAUCCAUACCCGGUACCUUGGUACCGCAUACCGCUCAAUAUUUAUUUUACUCUCUAUGCGGUGACGAAGUUUGUGACAGAUAAACGCAGGCAACCAGUUGAGAAGUAUCUGGCGGAGAAAACUGGCGCGGCCUUGAGAACACCCGUCGAUCUCAUUCAGAGUCGCUCCCAGGAUCUAAAAAUCCUCGUUAGCACUUUUCCGGAGCUUGACUUCCCACUGAUUAUCCCUGAGCAUGUUAUUCCCUGUGGACCAAUUCUUCGCAAUGCUUCUCCAUCAGUUGCGGAGGCAGACCCGGACCUGGGAAAUUGGCUGGCCCGUGCUCCUACGAUCUAUGUGAACUUGGGCACUAUAUGCCAAAUCGCGGAGGAUCAAGCCAUGGAAUUGGCAUUGGCCCUGAAAACCGUUCUGGACACAUUGAAAAAGCUGCCUGAAGCUCAGAAUCUCCAGGUCUUGUGGAAGAUCAAGAAACUGGGGGAGUACAGCGUGUCAGAGCCAGGCUGCGAAAUUGAGAAAGUCCUUGGUGAAUGCAUUCGUGCCGAUUCUAUGAGAAUUGUGGACUGGCUCCAAGCUGAACCGAUUUCAAUUCUUCAGUCUGGCCACGUUGUGUGCUCGAUACACCAAGGUGGUGCAAAUUCGUACAAUGAAGCAGUGAGUUCCGGCGUCGCCCAGGUGGUCUUGCCGCAGUGGACAGACUGCUAUGACUAUGCCCAGCGGGUCGAGAUGCUAGGUAUUGGUCGACUGGGAAGCAGAAAGAGCAAGCCUCAGUGGUCAGCUCCGGAGCUUUCGGAGGAACUCCUGCAUGUUUUGCAUGGUGAAAGCUCAAGGGCCAUAAAACAAAAGGCGACUGAGCUAGCAAUAAUGUGUGAGAAAAGGGGCAGUGGUGCGAAAACUGCGGCGCUGGUCCUCCUGGGAGAAUGUCCCAAGGUCGAUGUUGAAUGA